AUGGUAGGUGUUAUAAAAUCUUCAAAAGGCCCACAGUCGUUGCUGUUCACCUUACAGUUUCUCACCGAGAGCAGGAGCAACUUAUACGUCCGGCGAAACAGAUUGGAACUAGGAAUGCAAUACCUCUUUGUCAUCACUGCCACUUUCUUGCCUUUCCUCCUCGCCGCAGUUCAGGCUCAAGAGGAAUGCGGCCCCGAAAGAAUCUAUGUAAAUGCGGAAUCAAAUGCCCAGCAUUGUUGCUCACCAGGUCAGGAUUUGGUCAUCUAUGACCAGAAGAGUCGUGUCGGCGUGUGCUGUGGUGUCGACCAGGACUAUGCGGGAAUCGCUCCAAAUGGGAAGUGCUGUCCUCAAGGCCAAAUAUUAGGUGCCGAUGGCAAGUGCACCAACCCUCCUGGGGGCAAUUGCCCGUCUUGCCCGAAUCAACCAGUCGGUGCUUGCCGACGUCAACGUGCCUGUGGAGACGUCAAAACAAAUGGAUUGAAAUACGGGAGCUGCUACGAGAUGACUUUCCCCAAUUCCGGGGGGAAACAAAUGGGUAGGGAUUGGCCCAGCGAUACAUACAUACCGGAUGGACAUGUUCAAAACAUUAUAUACAAGAUCUGCCAGAGCACAGAUGGGGCCUGCGGUACCGGCCCUGUCAAGCCAACCGAUACUUUCGUCAUUGAAGAUAAAGUUGGCAAUGAAGGAGAUACGACCGAUGUACAGAGUUGGAUUGGUAACGGCGCAGUCAACGGUGCUUCAUUAGCUCUGACCACCAUUGCCACCAAAGCCGCUCAAUUCCAGGGAACCACAUCCUGCUCUAAAUGCACCUGUGUUGUCGCUCUUACCGGUGUUGGCAGAGGAUUGAGUACGCGAGACGGCGAUCCAGUACACAUCGCCUUCUCCCCUAACCCAAGGGUUACGCUGGAUAUGGAAUUUACCGAAUUACCUUGCGAUGAUCUCGAUUUUCCUGAGGAUUAGUAAGAGAAGGUGAUGAAUAUCUAAACGUGGUGUGACCCGGGCGGCUCGGUCCUGUGGGGUUUAAGAAAAAAUGGUACCUAAUUUCUAUGAUUGUCGGACCGCACCGAGCCUUCAAUAUAUUUGUUACACC